AUGAAAGGCUGCCUGCAGAUCCUAUUUGAAUACUCACCAUAUUACAUACCUGUUUUGUUCGUCAUACUAUUACAAAGUCUGUUACUAUGUAAGAGACAAUCUCGGUCAAAAGAUGUGGUCACCCCUGUCACGGCCACCACACAGCAAUCUUUUAAAGAGAUUGUACGCAUUUGUACGAAAGCGAAACCUACGAUUUUCAGGUCCCACCAAAAGAAAAGGGUGAGUCGAAAAGGAAAGUAUUGCCUAUCUGGGUAA